UUUUUUGUUGUUUUGGCAGAGGUUUGAUUGUAUCAUUUUAGAUUGCAGGAUAUGACAUGUUCUGUAGGCAACAAGGACAUUUAAAAUUUACAAGAUUAGGUAAAACAGUACUAAAACCUACGGGCUGUGAGCACACUGACAAAAACAAUGGCUUGCUAAGCUACACUGCAAUUCUUUCUUUUACGUUAUUUUGAGGUGACAAAUAUAUGUCAGGACGGCUAAAUUAUUUUUGAUUAAAAGGGUUAUGCAAAGUCAGAGUAUAAGAACAGCUUAGUUUUUAUCCCUGAUGUGCAUUAAUAAGGGUUGAAAAACUGUAGAUGCCUUUAUUUGCCCGCACAUGUUUUGUGUGCAGUUUAAUGUGCAAAGAAGCCACUAAUGCCACUAACCUAAAAUCUGAGUGGGCCAUGUUUCAAGAGUAAGUAGUCUUCUCCUCCAUGGCCGAGUGUUAAGAAGCGCCCUAAUCUUUCUCACACCUGUCAAGCUUGUGCUGAGCUAUAAAUACUGGGUUCAUGAGCAAAUCCACCAGGUAUCAGUGCAAUGGAUCCUGCUUGAUAGUAGCUUCAUAAGAAGAGACAAGGAGAAGAUUUAUUGUACAACCUUAGAAACAGAAAUAUUACUGAAGAAAGGACUUGUUUUCUCUUUAAUCUACAUGAGGCUAUCUAUAGUCUUUUUAUUCCUGGAAAAAUCAGGAUAUCGUUGUCUUUCCACAACCAGAAAAUAAUGUUAAUUUCAGCAGGAAACUGCCCUUUGGAGCACAUUUAUUUUUAUUUAACAUCCUGUGGUUAAUUGUCAUUUAUUUUCUGGCCUUGGAGUUUUAAGUGAUCUCUAUACAUUUGUUUAAUUUAAAUAUGUUUUAAAAAAAUUAUAUUUUUGUGUUUGUUUUGGUCUCUUUUCUCUAUUUUUCUUUAGAAUGUAUCAAGACAAUAUACCAAACUACAGCAAAGACAUUAGUUCUAUUUAACACAUACAAAUAUAAAAAUAAUGGAUGUUUUAUAUAAAAUAUGCUACUUUAAAGCUCUAACUGCAGUAAAUUACUAAUCUCUUUCUUUCCACAGGGUCUCUACCCUUUUUUCCUCAGGAUCCUGAUGUCUCACCGGUUCUGAUAUGCAAGUCUGCAGGUUGCACUGCACAGCUGCAUCUGCAGGAUCUAUAGCAAUCAAAAGUAACAUGUUAACAUCUCUGAUUUCCUGGCAGCUCAUUUCCAAACCAAAGCUUCCUUUCCAGUUUGAGAGCGCUUUCAUUGUUCCAAAGUAAAUUGAAUUCUUUAAAACAGCAUGGAAUGAAGCUCUAAUGUUAAAUCAAACAGACGUGAUCUGCAGUUGGGAGGGCAGGAGUCUCUGAAUGCCUCACUGAGGCAUCCACACCAUCAGACCUGCUGUGUCCAGAUUGAUGUUUCUCUGUAGUGGGAUUGAGGGAGUGCUGCAGCCUUGGAUCCACAGUGGAACCACAAUCCGCCCGGGCACCCUGCCUUCGGGUCGGAGAUGCUCCAUGCCAGCAAUUACUCCCUUGUGUUGUUGAUUCAGCUCAGUCUGCUCUGGUUUGACCUGUUUGUCAACUCCUUCAGCGAACUGCUGAGGACUGAACCUGCUGUCCAGUUGGUGCUUUUCAUCAUGCAGGACAUUUGCAUCUUAUUUAACUUGAUCAUCAUUCUGUUGAUGCUGUUGAACACCUACGUGUUCCAGGUUGGCCUGGUUGCCAUCCUGCUGGAACGAUUUAGAGCCCUGCUAAUGCUUUCCGCUCUCUACCUGACCUUCAGUAUCAUACUUCAUUCCUGGCUUAUGAAUCUGCGCUGGCUAAACACAAACAGAUUUGUUUGGACAGACGGUCUUCAGGUGCUGUUUGUGUUUCAAAGAUCUGCUUCUGUGUUGUACUACUACUUCUACAAGAGGACCUCAGAGUAUCUGGGUGACCCCCGUCUCUAUGAGGAUUCACCCUGGCUGAGAGAAAUGUUGGCUCGGUCCCGACAGUGAUCUGCAGAGGGAUCCAUAAAGAGCACACAGAGCCACAAGCCAGUUUAAAAUUGCACUGUAAAAUAAUUACCCAUGAAUGAUGUUAAGAAAUGAAAAUCUCAACAUACUCUGGUUGUUUCAAUUCACCUUGUUUUCAGAAUGAGGAAACUUUUAUGUGGAGCUAUUUAUAAUUUAGGAUAUAACAAAUUCACAAACUGUAACAAAACGUCAACGGAGGCCUGAAAUGCAUUUAUUGAAACACGAGGAAAUGCUCUACUUUACAGCUGAGAAAUAUAAUCCAUGACAUUUUCAUUCUCUAAGAGAGUUGUGCCAAAUUUUGCAGUAUUUCAGCAAAAUGUUGAGACCUUAAAAUGAGAUAAACAAAUGCUAUAUGCAUUAUAGCUUUUUGUCACAACAGGGUAACAUUUAAAUCAUCAUGACCAUGUAUAAUAAUAUGUUGCAUUGCAAGUUUAGCAUUUGUGAAUCUUUCAUGCCUCUAUGCAGAGUCACAGCAGAAUCUGAAUGAAAGGUUACGCAAAGUUAGGAAUCUUGUGUUUAUAAAAAUAUGUAAAACAUACGCACUGCACUGUUUUAAUGUGCUCAUGGACAUAAUUUAAUAUACAAUGUCACUUGUUAUUUAAUAUUGUGCAACUACAUGUUUUUUUUCUUUUAUUUAUUUUGUUACAUUCUUUAAAAAAAAGCAAUUCAUUUGUUUGUGCUCUGAGUUGAAUUUUUAUGGCUUCAUCUCUUCAUUUGUUUUAUUUUAAGACAUUCCAAUGUAAAAAUACAAUUAAAUUUUAUUUGAAAUACA